ACUCAAACUCUUGAGCGAGCUCUUAACCAACUGAGGCACUAGGCCGGCCCACCAACAAUAAUUUUUUUAGAGCGCCGAUCACAUCUGUGGUGAGACUGCACGCAAAUGCUAGGUUCUGGCAGAGGGAGUCCUGCCCAGGGCUGGAAGACCAGAGCAAUCAGAACAGACCAGACCUUUCCGUCAGUAAACGCCAGGAGCGGGACGAUGAGAACCAACAUGUCUGCUACAGCAGAAGCCAAGGCCCCAGAGGCAGGUAUUUCCAACGAUGGUGAUUUAAACGCGGCUCAAACACAAAGCUCCAGGAAAGGCUCUUGUUUGGUCCGAUACUGGAUGGCCCUCAUCUUGCAGCUCUGUAAUUUUUCGAUUUUGACCCAACAAAUGAACUUGAGCAUUGCCAUCCCAGCAAUGGUGAACAGCACGACUAUGCUGAGCCUGCCCAACGCCUCCACAGAAAGGCCGCCCACUGGCUCCCCAAACAGCUGGAAUGAAACGCUACAGGCAUCGGAGGUAGUGGCACCUGUGUAUGACUGGAGUCCUGAAAUCCAGGGGGUCGUCCUCAGCUCCCUCAGCUACGGCUCGCUGCUGGCUUCAGUCCCUGGCGGCUAUGUGGUUGGCAUAUUUGGAAUCAGGUACUUGGUCGGUGCUGCCAUGUUUAUUUCCUCAGCCCUGAACCUCUUCAUUCCACUGGCAGCUGACGCUGGAGUGGGCCUGCUCAUUGUCCUUCGGACGGUGCAAGGCAUAGCUCAGGUUAUGAUAUCAAUAGGUCAGUAUUCAAUCUGGGUGAAAUGGGCUCCCCCCCUGGAAAGGAAUCAACUCAUCGGCAUCACUGUAUCAGGGUCACCGCUGGGGGCCGUGGUCAUUCUCCUGGCUGGCGGGAUCCUCUGCCAGACCCUGGGAUGGCCUUAUGUCUUCUAUAUCUUUGGUGGAUUUGGCUGUGCCUGCUCUUGUCUCUGGUUCCUCCUCAUUUAUGAUGACCCUGUGGACCAUCCAUUUAUCAGCACCCACGAGAGGGACUACAUCGUGCAUUCACGGGCUCAGCAGGACUUCGUGCCAGACUGGUCUGUCCCCAUCAAGGCUAUGAUGAAGUCCCUCCCCCUUUGGGCCAUUAUAGUGUCUCACUUCAGUGAAUACUGGUAUUUUUACAUCAAGAUGGCGUACACACCAACGUACAUCAGCUCUGUCCUGCAAGUCAACCUCACAGAUGUGAGUACACAGACCCUCCUCCUGCUCCCCUGGUGAAACGUCCCAUUGUAUAAUCUUGGCUCUCUGAUGGGUGCAGAGCCAGGGGAUUACGCCGGGGAUGCUCAUGCAGGAACGGCUUGCAGGUUCGCGUGAAUUCUGACCUCCUGCCAAUAGGAGCAGAGUGCUGCGGUCCUAGGGCAGCGUCACACCCAAAAAGAGGGUCGUCUUUUCAUAAGGGGCCUAUGAAGGGUUUAUGUUCUACCCAAUUCCCAUUUGCAAACAAGACCCUGCAGGCCACACAAACAAGAAGCAUGAACAAAAAUGAUCCUGCCUCUGAGAAGGCUGUGACAGCAUGUAGAGAAUUCAAGCUAGGAGUAAGACAUUUCUAAUAGGACAGACGGUCCCUAAGAGGACUUAUACCAACAACUUGUGGAUAAACUCCUUCUAAGAAAACAUUUUAUUCAAGUAUGACAUAGGUAAAGAAAGGCGCACAUAUGGAUCCAGUAGUCUGAUUUUUCACAAAAUGCGCAGAUGCUCUGAUUGGCUGACAGGAGCCGUUCUCCUCCCACCAGAUAGAUGUGUAAAAAAUGGCAGAGAGUGCGUCAGAUUUCAUAGCCCGUCAGUGACCAUUCACAAGGUCAUAGAAUUACUGCUAUGUUCUCGCCUUUGUACUCAGAAAGCAAUGUUCUCGUGUUGACCGGGCUCCUCUGGUGAGAACAUGCUGAGUGGCCAACAGAGAGAUGACCUUGGCAGAGGUCAGCAUCUGGGACACAUGCUUGCAAACAGGCCAGAGGCCCUGAGAUGGAAAGGCCAGACAUAGGUCAUGAAGCCACAGCCUCAGGCCAGGGGUUCCACACGGGAGGGCCAUGUGGGCAGGAAACCAGUGCUGACAACGAUUUGUCUCUGGUGUGAGGCCAGGUGGGCUCCCCACCCUCAGAGGGCAAGGCUGAGGAGGAGGAGGCCGGGAAGAUGACUGAGGAGACAAGUUGAGACCAGACUUCCCCUGCUGGGGAAGUCGAGCCCUGGAGUCCCAUUGCUCUCACGGUAUUUUCUCACUGUCACGUCACCUCACUGGCCUUGGUUUCCUCGUCCAUAAAAUGAUGAGCUUGGACCAGGUGACAGUUAAAUCUCUCCCAUUGCUUGGACUAUGCACAAAAUAGGAUGGCCUCCUUUUCUUUGCAUUUUCUCUAAUAGCAUAUUCAUUUAGAAGCUGAAUUGAUAAUAUGGGUUUCAGCGUUUUCAAAACCAUAUAAAAAGGUAGAGUGUAAAACCUCACUCCCGUUCCCAUCUCUACUCUGCCCUGUUCUCCCAGCCCACUCCACAGAUAACAUUUCAGACUUAAUUUCUUAAUAUAUUCUUCCAUUCUUGGGAAUGCAAGCAUACUCGAAUGUAUAUUCUUAUUUUCCCAAUGUUUUUUUUCACACCAAGCGUGGUGCGCCCUCUGUGCUGCUCUGGUGUGUAGUUAAGCCCUGGGCUCUUCUCAGCCUACCAGAAGCCUUUCCUGAGUGACUUGUGGGCUGCUUCCAACCUCUGUCCUACAUUUGUGUAACCAAUUACAGAAAUGUAAUUCUCUGCAUAUGUGAGUCAAAGGUAAAUGCGGGAUGGACGUUUAUGCUUAUUGUCAAACUGCCCUCCGUGGGGCACUAAUAACAUUUGCAAGUCCCUGACUCUGCACAGGAUCCCUGAGGUCCCGUUAGGACACUGCUGGGCUGCUGCUGGCUCAAUCCAUGAAAAGCGGUGC